UGCUGAGUCGGAAGUGGGAACGCUUCGGCCGCUGAGGUUCUGUGGUGUCGUCGCUGCUGGCCCUCAGGCUCUGCCCCUCCCCCUAGGUCUGGAUGGAGGAUACUUUAAAGUGAAAUGACAGACCAGGAGAAUAACAACAACAUCUCAAGUAACCCCUUUGCUGCUCUUUUUGGCUCCCUGGCUGAUGCCAAGCAGUUUGCAGCAAUCCAAAAAGAGCAGCUGAAGCAGCAAUCUGAUGAACUCCCAGCCAGCCCAGAUGACUCAGAUAAUAGUGUGUCAGAGAGCCUGGAUGAAUUUGAUUACUCUGUGGCUGAGAUUAGCCGCUCAUUCCGUUCACAGCAGGAAAUAUGUGAGCAGCUCAACAUCAAUCACAUGAUCCAAAGGAUCUUCCUCAUCACUCUGGACAACAGUGACCCAAGCCUGAAAAGUGGGAAUGGCAUCCCCAGCCGUUGUGUGUAUUUGGAAGAAAUGGCAGUAGACCUGGAAGAUCAAGACUGGCUUGAUAUGAACAACGUAGAGCAGGCCGUCUUCACUCGCUUAUUACUUCAAGAUCCAGGCAACCACUUGAUUAACAUGACCUCUUCUACAACGUUGAAUCUCUCUGCUGAUCGAGAUGCAGGGGAGAGGCACAUUUUUUGUUACCUUUAUUCCUGUUUCCAAAGAGCCAAGGAAGAGAUUACCAAAGUUCCAGAGAACCUGCUACCCUUUGCAGUGCAGUGCAGGAACCUCACUGUGUCCAAUACCCGAACAGUUCUCCUCACUCCCGAGAUCUAUGUUGACCAAAACAUCCACGAGCAACUGGUAGAUUUGAUGUUGGAAGCCAUCCUAGGAGGCCAUUUUGAAGGUGUAGCUGAGUUUCUGGAUGAGGUCAUCGAAGCCUUGAUACUGGAUGAGGAAGUUCGAACAUUUCCAGAAGUCAUGUUUCCAGUGUUUGAUAUUUUAUUGGGCCGAAUAAAAGAUCUAGAACUCUGCCAGAUCCUGUUGUACGCAUAUCUGGACAUUCUUCUGUAUUUCACUAGGCAAAAGGAUAUGGCAAAGGUUUUUGUAGAAUACAUUCAGCCCAAGGAUCCUAGUAAUGGGCAGAUGUACCAGAAGACCUUGCUGGGAGUAAUCCUGAAUAUCUCCUGCUUAUUAAAGACUCCGGGUGUAGUAGAAAAUCAUGGCUACUUCCUGAAUCCAUCUCGUUCCAGUCCUCAGGAGAUCAAAGUACAAGAGGCCAACAUUCACCAGUUCAUGGCUCGGUUCCAUGAAAAGAUCUACCAGAUGUUGAAGAACUUACUCCAGCUCUCUCCAGAAACCAAACACUGUAUCUUGUCCUGGCUUGGAAACUGUUUGCAUGCAAAUGCAGGCCGCACCAAGAUUUGGGCCAAUCAGAUGCCAGAAAUCUUCUUCCAAAUGUAUGCCUCGGAUGCCUUCUUUCUGAAUUUGGGUGCUGCUCUCCUGAAGUUAUGCCAGCCAUUUUGCAAACCCAGAUCCUCUCGGCUCCUCACCUUUAAUCCCACUUACUGUGCCCUGAAGGAGUUGAAUGAUGAAGAACGAAAAAUAAAAAAUGUACACAUGAGAGGUUUGGACAAAGAAACCUGUUUGAUCCCAGCUGUGCAGGAGCCAAAGUUUCCCCAGAACUACAACCUGGUAACAGAAAACCUUGUCCUGACAGAGUACACCUUGUACUUGGGAUUUCACAGGUUGCAUGAUCAGAUGGUAAAAAUCAACCAAAAUCUGCAUCGGCUGCAGGUAGCCUGGCGGGAUGCUCAGCAAAGUUCUAGCCCUGCUGCUGACAACCUCCGUGAGCAGUUUGAACGACUGAUGACCAUCUAUCUUUCUACUAAGACUGCCAUGACUGAACCGCAAAUGCUGCAAAACUGCCUAAAUUUGCAGGUGUCCAUGGCUGUUCUCCUAGUUCAACUGGCCAUAGGCAAUGAAGGCUCACAGCCGAUAGAGCUAACUUUUCCUUUGCCAGAUGGCUACAGUUCUUUGGCUUACGUGCCAGAAUUUUUUGCAGAUAACUUGGGUGAUUUCCUCAUUUUUCUCCGCCGCUUUGCCGAUGACAUCUUGGAGACAUCAGCAGAUUCCCUGGAACAUGUCCUUCAUUUUAUCACCAUUUUCACUGGAAGCAUAGAAAGGAUGAAGAAUCCCCACCUAAGGGCCAAACUCGCUGAGGUGUUGGAAGCAGUGAUGCCCCACAUGGAUCAGACCCCAAAUCCCUUGGUAUCCAGUGUGUUCCACCGGAAACGUGUGUUCUGCAACUUUCCCUAUGCAUCCCACCUUGCAGAAGCUCUAAUCAAGGUCUUUGUGGACAUUGAGUUUACAGGAGACCCCCAUCAGUUUGAGCAGAAGUUUAAUUACCGCCGCCCCAUGUAUCCCAUCCUCAGGUACAUGUGGGGAACAGAUACCUAUCGAGAGAGCAUUAAGGAUUUGGCUGACUAUGCCUCUAAGAAUUUAGAAGCCAUGAAUCCCCCACUUUUCCUCCGCUUUCUUAACCUGCUAAUGAACGAUGCCAUCUUCCUUUUGGAUGAAGCCAUACAGUAUUUGAGCAAGAUAAAAAUUCAACAAAUUGAGAAGGACCGAGGUGAAUGGGACAGUCUGACUCCAGAAGCUCGCCGAGAGAAGGAGGCUGGCCUGCAGAUGUUUGGACAGCUGGCACGUUUCCAUAACAUCAUGUCCAAUGAAACAAUUGGUACCCUUGCCUUUCUGACAUCAGAGAUCAGAUCCCUCUUUGUGCAUCCUUUCCUGGCUGAGCGCAUCAUCUCCAUGCUGAACUACUUCCUGCAGCACCUGGUUGGCCCCAAGAUGGGGGCCUUAAAAGUCAAGGACUUCAGUGAAUUUGACUUCAAACCCCAGCAGCUCGUUUCAGAUAUCUGCACCAUCUACUUAAAUCUUGGGGAUGAGGAGAAUUUCUGUGCCACUGUGCCCAAGGAUGGACGUUCCUAUUCCCCAACUCUCUUUGCACAGACAGUCCGAGUCCUGAAGAAAAUAAAUAAGCCUGGGAAUAUGAUUGUGGCUUUCAGCAACUUAGCAGAGAGAAUCAAGUCUCUAGCAGACCUCCAGCAACAGGAAGAGGAGACCUAUGCAGACGCCUGUGAUGAGUUUCUGGAUCCCAUCAUGAGCACACUGAUGUCUGACCCUGUGGUGCUGCCGUCUUCCAGAGUCACUGUGGAUAGAUCCACCAUUGCCAGACAUUUGCUCAGUGACCAAACAGAUCCCUUUAACCGUAGUCCCCUCACCAUGGACCAGAUCCGGCCAAACACAGAACUAAAAUCAAAAAUCCAACGGUGGCUCGCAGAGAGGAAACAACAACAAAAGGAGCAACUUGAAUAAAUACUGUGACCUAAACAAACCAAAAACCAACCCCAGAGUGUAGAUAAACAGUUGUUUGUGGUUUCUCCCU